AUGUUGAAGUACAGAAAGACUACGUGCAGCUCCACCGUAACGAAACAAACACCCCAGCUAAAAUCGUCAGACAUAAAUUACCCAAAACUCAUAAGAAACUAUCUCAUUAUCCAAGACCCCGAAAGAAAAGAUCCCCAGAGUUUUGCCGCCGUCAACUCAGUGUUUUCGCCGCCUGCAAACCAACUUCCUUCCCUUCCUGCCUUCCAACCUGAAAAACUGGCUAGUACGAAUGAUCCUCUUGCCUUUCACUACAGAAAAGCUGGUACUGACAUGGAAAUCGAUCAUAAACAAGAUUCUGCCAUUUUACAACAUCCCGACUCCAAGGUUUCGGGCAUCUUUGCAUCCAAUGCAGGACAACAGUACUUUUGCAAUACAGUCCUACAGAUGGACUUCCAAAUGAAGCAAUACGUUAAUAAUUACAUACCUGAUUCACUGGAUUAA